AUGUUCGUUGAUUAUUCGGCCAAAGGGGCCAGCAAGAUAACCAACAAGAUCUUUGCAGAAAAAUUAUUAGAUCUCAUAUUUUUGGACACAUUAGAUGAUAAUCAGGUUUUGGAAUUUGUCAAGGCUAGACUCCUUACAAAUCAAUUUAUGCAGCAGUUGAGUUUAGAUAAUAUCUAUGGGAAUCGGUAUUGGUUGUAUUACAUUUUGAGUCUUAAGCUUUCCAAUGAACAGAUGGAGGAGGCUUUAGAUGAGUUAAUAGUGUCGCGAUUGUUGUAUCAGGUUGAGCUUACAUUUCCUGGAUGUUCAUUUGAGGCUGCGUAUGAAAUGAAGGAGUUUGAUCCGAUGCGGAAGAUAAUUGUGGAUUUGUAUAUUUCAAGUAUUUUCCUUAAAUGCAAGAUAAAUUCUUACAUUAAGGAGUUUACGAAGUUGGUGACAUCGGAUAAGAGACUUAUGAUGCUGUUGAGCGAGGAAGAGCGUUGUGCUGCUUUCCCGGAAUACUUUUGUGAUGAAAAGAAGGUCCACGAGGGAUUAAUUGUGACCUUACCUAUUAAAUUUCCCAAGACGUAUUUAUCUUUGUUGCAGUCUGACGGAACCAUGAAGACAAAUAUUAAAUUGCAGUUUCAAAAAUGGGAGCUAGCAGAUAAACGCUUAUUGUAUAGUCGGAAUAUUCAUAUCAGAGAUGUUGUUACCAGGGAGAAGGAUGUUCAACUUAGAUGGAUUCAAAACAACCAGCUUUUGAAGCCGAGAACACGGAAGAGUGGUGAUACAGAGCAAAGUGAAACCUCGAUAAUGCUACGUGAUAUCCAUCGUCGUCACAUGGAGAGACAGAAGGUCAUGAAAUCUGUGAAUGAAAAGAUUGCAACCACAGAUGAACUAUUACCUAAUGAGCCCAAACCAGAUUUCCUUAAAAUAUUUGAUGACAUAAACGAAGAGAUUGAACAAGCUAUUGAAAAUGAUGAAAAGGUGAUUAAUAAGACACAAGAAAUUAGAAAUAGAGUGAAACAGGGAAGUAUAGUGCUACCAUCUGAAAUUGAAUACCUCAAGGAUCCUUCCACACAUGACAUAUUAAAGCCAGUAAAUACCAACCAGAUCCCUCAGGCUUCAGAGAAAUUAAAAUAUAAACGCAGUUUCCCAAGAAAUUGUGAGAAUGGGGCCAGCUUUAAGAUGGGCCAAGAAUAUAUUAACAACGGUGACGAUGAAGUGGAUGACUAUGAGUUUUAUAGUGACGAUAAUAUUAAUAUGAACAACAGAAACGAUAAUAGUAACAGCAACAAUAAAAGGCAUAGUCACUCUCCGUACCAGGAACAAGUUCAAAACUACAACAAUGCUGCAAUGACAUACAGUAACAUCGCUUACGUUCCAGCUUUAAACAAUUUAGAGACGCCUGAUGUUGUUUUGAGGUUGAGCUGUAAGCAUUCAAGCAGCACGCUAAGAAAGAGACUGGCUGGCCUCGUGCGUUCACCAUUUAACAAAAAAGAUAGUUCCACAGGCUAUUUGGACGAUACUUCGCUGAUAGCAGACACUUGGUCCAGGCUAUCUUUUAGAUUCUUCCUAAAGGCAAAACUCCGGAAAAUUAAACAGGAUUGGCAAUAUUACAAAAAUGUGGCAAAACAGUGCAUGGAUGAUUUUAGAUCACCUUCAGAGGGACUUGGCUUACCACCACAAUCUGCAACGGCAUUUUACCAACAAGCAGUUCAAAUUUCGCCACAAGGAAAUAAUAUAUCGAAAUUUUUAGAGCCAAAUAAUUGCUCAAUGUCUGGAGCUAACCCUCAAAGUUAA